UUUUCGACUUGCGAAGGAUGCCGGACGACGGAGCGUGCAUCAGCGGGUACCUCAACAAGAUGAAGCACGAGCAAAAGGUGCUGACGCCGUCCUGGAACCGGCGCUGGUUUGCCCUCGACGGCGCCGAGCUCAAGUACUUUGGCUCGAAAGACAGCACGAUCCCGUCCAAAGUCAUCGACCUCUUGUCGAUCGAGAGCGUCCGGCCCUUCGACACGGGCGACCACGGUGUCUACAGCUUCGUGCUCAAGACACCGUCGCGUAGCUACUUUCUCCGUGCCGACUCGGAAGGCGACAUGAAGCGCUGGGUGCGCUGCCUCCGCGAACAGCAAGACCUCUGGCGAGAAAAGUCGCUCGAGACGCCGCGCCGCGCUUCCAAGCUCAAGCUCUACAAGGAAAUGCCCCGCCCACCAUCACCAGGCAAGUCCAAGCGCGGCGACCACGAGAGCGAAUCCAAGGACGACGACGAGCCGAAGCGUCCCAUGAAAGGGCCCAAGAAGGGCACAGUCCGAGGCUAAGACUACAAUAUGCUACUCUAUUAACUUGAUAUAUACCUAGCUUAGUUUAGAUGCU